UUGAACAAUGUUACCAUGGAAACCAUAAGAGCAUCUGUCAAAUGUCAAUAUUACGACAAAGAUAAUCAGAAGAGGUGGCUCACAGCAAUUGACUGAAAUGGAGAAACUUCACCUGGAAGAGAAGACAUCACUGGAAGAGAACCAAACCUGCACAAACCAAGGCGGACAUGAAGAUAAAACCUCAGUUGGUCCCAGCGAUGGACAGCAGGUUCAGCCCAACCAGAGGCUGCAGAAAAAACACCGUUGUGACAAGUGUCUGAAAAAAUUCAGAUUGAAGAGGUAUCUGAAAUCUCAUCAACGCAUUCACACUGGAGAGAAGCGCUAUCUCUGCGACCAGUGUGGAAAGACUUUCAUUCAGAAGAGUGCUUUGAACACUCAUCUGCGAAUCCACACUGGUGAAAAGCCUUAUAGCUGCAGUCAGUGUGAGAAGAGAUUCAAAUAUUCCUCAGUGCUCAAGAGUCAUCAGCGAAUCCACACUGGUGAAAAACCUUAUAGCUGCAGUCAGUGUGAGAAGAGAUUCAAACAAUUCUCAAAUCUGAAGUAUCAUCAACGAAUCCACACUGGUGAAAAGCCUUAUAGCUGCAGUCAGUGUGAGAAGAGAUUCAAAGAUGCCUCAAAUUUGAAGAGUCAUCAGCGAAUCCACACUGGUGAAAAGCCUUAUAGCUGCAGUCAGUGUGAGAAGAGAUUCAAAGAUUCCUCAAAUUUGAAGUGUCAUCAGCGAAUCCACACUGGUGAAAAGCCUUACAGCUGCAGUCAGUGUGAGAAGAGAUUCACACAAUCCUCAACUCUGAAGCGUCAUCAGCAAAUCCACACUGGUGAAAAGCCUGAUCCACUUAAGACAGCAGCAACAUCUGGAAUGACUGAAAUGGAGAAACUUCACCUGGAAGAGAAGACAUCACUGGAAGAGAACCAAACCUGCACAAACUCAGGCGGACAUGAAGAUGAAACCUCAGUUGGUCCCAGCGAUGGACAGCAGGUUCAGCCCAACCAGAGGCUGCAGAAAAAACUCCGCUGUGACAAGUGUCUGAAACAUUUCAGUUUGAAGACGUAUCUGAAAUGUCAUCAACGCAUUCACACUGGAGAGAAGCGCUAUCUCUGUGACCAGUGUGGAAAAACAUUCAUUCAGAAGUGUAAUUUUAACACUCAUCUGCGAAUCCACACUGGUGAAAAGCCUUAUAGCUGCAGUCAGUGUGAGAAGAGAUUCAAAUGUUCCUCACAUCUGAAGCGUCAUCAGCGAAUCCACACUGGUGAAAAGCCUUAUAGCUGCAGUCAGUGUGAGAAGAGAUUCAAACAAUCCUCAGAGCUGAAGUGUCAUCAGCGAAUCCACACUGGUGAAAAGCCUUAUAGCUGCAGUCAGUGUGAGAAGAGAUUCAAACAAUCCUCAGAUCUGAAGCGUCAUCAACGAAUCCACACUGGUGAAGAGCCUUAUAGCUGCAGUCAGUGUGAGAAGAGAUUCAGACAUCUGACAGCGCUGAAGUGUCAUCUGCGAAUCCACACUGGUGAAAAGCCUUAUCGCUGCAGUCAGUGUGAGAAGAGAUUCAGACAUCUGACAGCGCUGAAGUGUCAUCUGCGAAUCCACACUGGUGAAAAGCCUUAUAGCUGCAGUCAGUGUGAGAAGAGAUUCAAACAAUCCUCAGAGCUGAAGUGUCAUCAGCGAAUCCACACUGGUGAAAAGCCUUAUAGCUGCAGUCAGUGUGAGAAGAGAUUCAAACAAUCCUCAGAUCUGAAGCGUCAUCAACGAAUCCACACUGGUGAAGAGCCUUAUAGCUGCAGUCAGUGUGAGAAGAGAUUCAGACAUCUGACAGCGCUGAAGUGUCAUCUGCGAAUCCACACUGGUGAAAAGCCUUAUCGCUGCAGUCAGUGUGAGAAGAGAUUCAAACAAUCCUCACAUCUGAAGUAUCAUCAGCGAACCCACACUGGUGAAAAGCCUGAUCCACGUAAGACAGCAGCAACAUCUGGAAUGUGAGGGAACUUCUUUCUCUCCGCUUGUCUUCUACCACUAUGGCGACAACAGUCGGUGCUGUCAGUGACAUUUAUAUAAAUAAUAAUAACAAGCAA